AUGUCGGCGUAUUCCGCAGUGCCUCGCAAGCUCUGGGAGCACCCCAAUCCAGAGUCAACAGAAAUUGCCCAGUUCAAAAAAAGCCUGGAGCAAGCCAAUGGCGUGAAAUUACCUGAUUAUCAUGCGAUGUAUCAAUGGUCUAUCGAAAAUCGGUCCGCCUUCUGGGACUUUUGCUGGAAAUACUUCCCCAUAAUCCACGAGGGGUCCUACGAUCGUGUUAUGGAUGAAACAGCUCGCAUUGAUAGUAUUCCUGACUGGUUCUCGGGUAUUCGUCUCAAUUAUGCAGAGAAUGUUCUCUUCACCAAGGGUCCUGGUCAAUCGCUUACGACGGUAGGCAAAGAAGAUGAUAAGAUCGCCAUUACUGAAAUUCGAGAGGGAGAUGUCGAACCAACUGUGAAUCUCUCAUGGAAAGAGUUGAGACAGCGUACUGGUCGGGUAAUCCAGGCUUUGAAAGCAGCUGGUGUACAGCGAGGAGACAGAGUGGCCGUGGUUGCUAGCAACAGCAUCGAUACUAUGACGAUCAUUUUGGCGACGACUGCCCUUGGUGCUCUCUUCUCCUCUACAUCUACCGAUACAGGGGUAAAGGGUAUUUUGGAUCGUCUGUUGCAGAUCAAUCCUCGAUGGGUUUUCGUUGAUGACAAAACCGUCUACAAUGGAAAGACGGUCGAUCUUCGUCCUAAAAUCACCCAGAUCGUGAAAGGCUUGGAUCAUAUCAAAGAGUUCCAGGGAGUUAUUUCCAUCCCCAGAUUCAGAGACCGCCCUGCAGAUGUGACGCAGAUUCCACGAACCCGCCCUCUGGCCGAAUUCCUCUCAAUGGCAUCAUCCGAUCAGCUGGAAUUUGUUCGAGUCGGUUUCCGGGACCCAUUCCUGAUUGUUUAUUCCUCGGGAACUACUGGAGAGCCAAAGUGCAUUGUGCACUGUGUUGGGGGUGUUCUGCUGAAUACACACAAGGAAUCCAGACUCAAUCGCAGCAUGGAUGCAACUGCCACCGUCUUGCAGUAUACAACCACCGGCUGGAUUAUGUAUAUGACCUGUGUUUCCGCGCUUAUCUUUGGGGCGAGGCCGAUUCUAUAUGAUGGAAGUCCGUUCCUGCCUGACAUUACCAUCCUGGUCAAGUUGUUGGAGAAGCACAAGGUCACGCACUUUGGCACAUCACCCCGAUGGAUGCACGAGCUGCGAAAGAACGGGAUCAGCCCUCGCAAAAUUGCUGAUUUGCAAAACCUGAGAGGGGUCACUAGUACCGGAAUGGUUCUGUCAGAAUCACUAUUUGAAUGGUUUUAUGAUGAGGGAUUCCCACCUCAUGUGCUACUAGCCAAUAUCUCCGGAGGCACCGAUUUGGCAGCGUGUUUUGGUUUGGAAAAUCCGAUUUCUCCCUUAUACGUUGGCGGAUGCCAGGGUCCCAGCUUGGGCAUCCCUAUCGCUGCUUUUGAGCAAGUGGAUGAAGGCGUGAGCCAGGUCAAAGGCACACGGAUGCCAGAUGGAGAGCCCGGUGAGAUUGUUGCAACAGCUCCAUUCCCUAGUAUGCCGGUGAUGUUCUGGGGUGACAAAGAUGGGAAGAAAUAUUUCAAUGCCUACUUUGCCCGAUUUGACAACGUCUGGACACAUGGCGACUUCAUUGCCAUCAACCCAAAUACUCACCAAGUUCUCUUCCUCGGACGGUCAGACGGUGUAUUGAACCCUUCCGGUGUGCGAUUUGGAUCUGCGGAGAUCUACAACGUGAUCGAUACCCAAUUUUCAACAGAGAUCGUUGACUCUGUCUGCGUUGGCCAACGGAGGCCCAAAGAUACAGAUGAAUCGGUGAUGCUGUUUCUGCUAAUGCGGCCUGGUUUCAGUGCCGACCAGAAGCUGAUGGCACGGAUCAAAGAUGCCAUUCGCAAGGCGCUGAGCGCUCGGCACGUACCCAAGUACAUUUUUGAAACUCCGGCCAUACCGGUUACUGUCAACUUAAAAAAAGUCGAGUUGCCCGUUAAGCAGAUUGUUUCUGGGAAGAAGAUCAAGCCAUCGGGUACCUUGUUGAACCCAGAGAGUCUCGAUUUUUACUACCAGUUUGCCGAAGUUGAGAAAAUGCUCAAGCCCCAGGCAAAGCUAUAG